AUGAAGGUUAUCAUCGUUCUCUCGGCCAUGCUGGCCAUCGCCCUGUGCAGCAACGAACAGGAGGCUAACAAGAAGGACAAACGCGGAAUCGUCGAGGUGAACAAUGGAUACGAGGAUUACUACUACAAUAAUGAGUACCAGCAUCCGCAUGUGACCAACCACGUCACCGUAACGAAGAAGGUGGCCGUCCCGUACCCGGUGGCCGUCGAGAAGCAUGUUCCGGUCGAGGUGAAGGUGCCGUACCCGGUGAAGGUGGAGAAGCAUGUGCCGGUCGUCGUGGAGAAGAAGGUCCCGGUCUACAUCGAGAAGAAGGUCGCAGUCCAUGUCGAUCGUCCUUAUCCAGUUCCGGUCAAGGUUCCUGUUGAGGUUCCAGUCUACAAGAAAGAGUAUGUCGAAGUCCCGAAGCCGUACGCAGUUCAUGUCGAGAAGCCUUACCCGGUUUACGUGAAGCAACCGCACUACGUCCACAAAACGGUUGAAGCUCCAGUCUACGAGCACAAGUCACUGUGGCACUAA